AGGGGGAAAAAAUCCCUAGAAGCUGAAAAGGAAGAUGAGGCCAAUGCCGAUGGAAUUCAUGGUAGACCCAGACGAUCAAGGCUCAGCCAUGGAAGUCGACGACGUUGACCCACUCAAGAUCUUCGGCGAAGGCUCCAUCCCUGUCGACAACAAGCUCGCCGACGCCGAUUUCUUCAACAACUUCGAAGACGAUUUCGAUGACUCCGACAUCAACUAAAAAAAAUUCCCAAGUUCCCAUCUUUAUCUCUCU